UACACCAUCUAUAACACCAACAUCUCUUCCCCUUGCCCAUCUCUCUUAUGGCUUUUUGGUUCUUUGUGUUGAUUUUUUCCUUCUAUUCCAAGUCUUCUGCAGAGGUGAUAACAGCCCUCCCUGGACAGCCAACCAAUGUUUCUUUCAAACAGUUUUCUGGUUACAUUACUACAGAUUCUCAGCAUGGCCGAGCUCUAUUCUAUUACUUUGUUGAAGCAAAAUCAGCGAGCCCACUUUCAAGACCCUUGACCUUGUGGCUCAAUGGAGGCCCGGGAUGUUCUUCCGUUGGUUUUGGUGCAUUUAUGGAACAUGGUCCUUUCCGACCUUGGGAUAAUGGACUUCUUGUCAAGAAUGGAUAUUCAUGGAACUUGGAAUCAAACAUGUUAUAUGUUGAGUCACCUAUUGGGGUUGGAUUUUCCUACUCAAACACAAGCUCGGAUUACUUAAGGUGGAAUGAUACUCAGACGGCCAAAGAUAAUUUGAGAUUUUUAGAAAACUGGCUGGAAGAAUUCCCAAACUACAGAGACUCCGAUUUGUUUUUAACUGGUGAAAGCUAUGCAGGCCACUACAUCCCACAGCUUGCAGCCUUGUUGAUGGAGUACAACAAGAAUCCUAACAUCAAACCGAUCAAGCUGAGAGCCAUUGCUCUUGGAAAUCCACUUUUGGACCUAGACAUUAGCGUGCAGGCUGGCGACUACUUGUGGUCACAUGGAGCAAUAUCUGAUAAAACACUAAUGUUGAAGAAGACUGUCUGCAAUGACUCAAAAUAUCUUCGUGAAUAUGUCCACGGGAAAUUGUCUCAAGGAUGCAAAGAUGUGUUUAAUAGAGCUUCAGAUGAAAUUAGCGCAGAUGUUGCUUAUGAUGGCCUCCUCUUGCCAAAUUGCUUGUCAUCAAGCUCAGCUGAGCAAUUUAGGCCCAAGGGGAAGCAUGGGAAGAUUCAUGCAAUGGUUGCUAGCAGGGGAACCAGAGGGGAUCCAUGCCUUGUUGGAAGGGUAUUGAGUUAUCUAAACCACCCUCAAGUUCAGAAGGCAAUGCAUGCCAACACAACUCACCUGCCCUUCAGUUGGAAUUUUUGUUUAGGGCCUCUUGAAUAUCAAGAAGAUAACUUGGACAUGAACCUCAUACCCCUCAUCUCAGACCUUAUAAGGGCUGGCAUUCCUAUCAUGCUUUACAGUGGUGACCAAGAUUCAAAAAUUCCUCUCACUCAAACAAGAAUAAUUGCUAACAAGCUGGCGAAGGAUUUGAAGCUAUUUCCUUUUGCAAAAUAUGGUACUUGGUAUGACAAGAAACAGGUGGGUGGAUGGUCUCAAUCAUUUGGUGGCUUAAAAGGUCGGAAGAAUGUGACAUUUCUCACAUAUGCAACGGUUAGGGGUGCAGUCCAUGAAGUUCCAUUCACAUCUCCUUCACAGGCCCUUACAUUGUUUCGUUCCUUUCUAAGUGGAACUCCUCUUCCUAGGUCCAGUGCUUGAUUAAUGGGUCAAAAGUGCUGUAGCCCAUUUCUCAAAUAAAUGUUCUUAGAAAAUCUAUAUUAUAUAGUACAAUCUCAAAUGGUCAUAUCCUUUACUAGUUUUAGCUUUUCUCAUAUAAUAACUUUGUGACUCAGAACCUGACUCAGAACCUUACUAAACAUGUGAGACAUG